AUGCUGCUGCUGCUGCAACUGCUGUCGCUACUGCGGGAGCUCACGGCAGAGAGUCCCUGGGGGCUGCCUGUGGUAGCUGAUGGCCCAGCAUCCUUAGCAAAGGUGGUGAUGGCAGAACUGGCUGAUCUGAAGUUAGAAAACAAGCCAUGGCCUGGAGGGACACACUCUCUCCACUACCACUACCUGGCCCUAUCAGAGCCAGGCCCGGGCCUUCCUCAGUUUCUGGCUGUAGGCUACGUGGACGACCAGCCUUUCAUCCAUUAUGACAGUCGUGUGGACAGAGCCAAGCCCCAGGCUCUGUGGAUGGCAGCUGUGGACACCCAGUACUGGGAAACAGAGACCCAGAAGCAGAGAGCCUGGGCAAAGGUGCAGCAGGUGGAGACAUGGACUGUGAUGGGCUACCACAACCAGAGCAGUGGCACACACAGCACUCAGCGAAUGUUCGGCUGUGAGAUCCGGGAAGACGGCCGUACCAGCAGCUUCUGGCAGUUUGGCUUUGAUGGCCAGGACCACCUGUCACUGGACCUGGAGACUCUGAGCUGGGUGUCAGCCAAGCCUGUGGCUGUGCAGACCAAGCGUUGGUGGGAAACAGAGCGCUGCUAUGCCGAAUACGACAAGGCCUACCUGGAGGGCCUCUGCCUCACUUCCCUGCACAGGUACCUGGAGCUGGGCAGCCAGAGCCUCACCCGGAAAGAGCCGCCCAAAGUGCAGGUGACAAGACACACAGCUGAGGAUGGGAGCAUCACACUGAGAUGCUGGGCCCGGGGCUUCUACCCACGGGACAUCUCAUUGAGCUGGUGGCUGGGGGAGGACGAGCUGGUUCAAGAGACCGAGUAUGUGGAGACACGCCCCGGUGGAGAUGGUACCUACCAGACAUGGGCGGCUGUGCGGGUGCCAGCCAGGAUGGAGAAUGGGUACAUUUGCCAUGUGCAGCACUCCAGCUUGAACCAUACACUCACUGUGGCCUGGGAAGCACCCUCUCAUCAGUGGAUAACCAGUGCCAAGGUUAUCUCCAUCAUCUUCACCAUCACUUUCUUGCUGGUGGCUGGAGUUUUGAUUUUCAUCAAGCAGUACUCUCAAGCCAGGAAUAAGGAAUCUUGCAAACAAGCCCCAGGUGGAGAGGAGCCUCAUAAUUCCCAAAACCCAAUGAGCGUGGAGACUGCUCAGCUGCUCUGCUGA